GGUCACAUGAAAUGGGACGGAGGUAUAUGAUAGUUUUAAAGUGUUCAGUACUUAAAUUAUUAUUUUAAAAGUUAAUAAAUUGGUGGCAUACGGUAAUAGUGCUCUUUUUGAUUUCUGAAAUCCAUUACUGCAAUUCCUGCUCGAUUUCUGAAGCUUAGAUUAAAGUUUGUAAAGGUGCCUUCCGAUACCAUGGUAAACAUAAUCAAAGGUUUAUACAUUUCAUGUGACAUUCCAAUGGCACAAUUCAUUAUUAACAUGAAUGCAGCAUUACCCCAUUCGCAGAAGUUUAUAUUACAUGUUUUGGAUGACACCCAUCUAUUUGUGCGAUCUGACAUGGCUGGAAGCAUACGCGAUAAAAUCUCAGAGUUCAGAGAACAGAAUACCUAUGAGAAGCCUGCAUAAAUUUGCUUUUGUGGAUUUAAGGUAGAAAAUUCCAAGGUUAUGUCUUUCGGCUUUAAUCAAGUUUGUAUUCUGCUCUUGUGAAAUUUUGUGUACUUGUAUCUGUGAAGGACUAGUUUCAAACUCAAAUCUUGAAUUAUUAAACUUUCUUUAUAAUGUAUAAAUCAAUAUAUUCAUAUA